AUGGCUCUCGGCGGAUCGCUCGUCGCGUCGAGCGCGCUCGGGUACGCAUUCAGCGGAACUUUCCCGGAGAUCCGCAGCAGUAGCGCCGGCGUCAGCGCAGGGAUCGGCGCGGGUUCUCUUGUUCGGGCAGCAACAUCAGAAGGUCCCGGGUCUGGCUCUUUAGGGAAAGGGACGGGCAGGCUGGAGGGGAGAGAAGGGAGGGGAAGGGAGGGAGGGAAUGAAGGGGAGAAGAGGGGAGGAGGGAGGGGCGUAAGGAGUGGGAGUGGAAGCGAGGAGAGAAGGGGAGGGGGGAGGAUGGGAAGGGGCGGCAGCAGUGGUCCGGAAGGUGCAAGGGGAGCAAGGAAAGACGCAGUGAGAGAAGUGUGGCAGGGACAGGGACAGGUGAACAGGGCAGCACCAGGAGGCGAGGGAGGAGGAGGAGGAGGAGGAGGGGGAGCGGGAGGAGGAAGAGGGGGAGGCGUGCAGGCGAAGGGAAGCGCCAGGCAAGGAGAGGACGGGAGAGCAGCAGCAGGCGGAUCAACCACAGCAGCAUCCCGCCCGCCCACAACCACCAUAGCUGCCGCUGCUGCUGCCGCUGCCGCUGCUGCUGGUGCCGCUGCUGCGGGUGCUGCUGCUGCAGGAGCGAGGAUGAAGCAGGAGGCGAGAAGGUGGGGCGGCAGUGGGGAAGCAGCGAGUGGCAGCGGCGGGGGCGCGGGGGCGGUGCUUACUGAUGGAAAAGUGGCUGGAGCGAGGGGGCGGGGAGAAACGGGCAAGCAAGAGGGCGGGGUAAAACCAGGGACAGGGGACGUGUGGGUAGAUGGCUCACAACGUGCUGAGGUCAGCCGUCGAGAAUCUCCCACUGCCGCUUCUGCUGCUCCUGCUCCUGCUCCUGCUCCUGCUCCUGCUCCUGCUCCUGCUCCUGCUGCUUCUCCUUCUCCCGUUCCUGCUGCUGCUACCGGGACUGCAGCGGCUGCUGCGUCUAACGCUGCCCGUCCGUCAAUCCCUCCUAAGGAAGCUCGCACACCCGUACCCAGUACCCAGUCCCGGCCUCCUCCCCCUCCUCCUCCUCCUAUAGUCCCCGGUGGUUCAAAGACAGACGGUGGCUUGACUGCAGGGAGGGGGAGCACUGCAGGACGGACGGUUACAGGGAGUGCUGGGGGGAGUGCAGGGGGCAGCGCAGGGAGCAGUGAUGCUUUUGUGAAUGAAGGGCUGCUGGUGUGGACGGAGCGGCGGCAGCAGUGGCUGGACGGGAACACACUGCGCGGCACGGGAGGGAGAGCAGAACGCGCAGCAGCAGCAGGAGGAGCAGCAGCAGCAGCAGCAGGGGUGGGCGGAGCGGCAGGAACAGCGGGAGCAGUAGGAGCAGCAGGGUAUGAUGCGCGGCGUGAUGGGAGUGACAGACCCAGGACUGCUGGCCCUGUGAUCAGGCCAGGGAGUACAUACGAUGAUUUGCUCUCCACCAGUCGCCCCUUUCCUCAGCCAAUUCCCCUCCCAGAGAUGGUUCGGUUCCUCGUCAAUGUGUGGGAACAGGAGGGCCUCUAUGACUGA